UAUGUCAGCCUAAACAGGAAUGACGCAUCGGUUACGUGCGUUUCUGCAGGAGUACAAUGCCAGUUCUUAUAAAUGGCCAAAUGGCUUCAACUCUGCCAUUUUCGAAGCGAGCAGUAAGCUUAAAAAAAAUCGCCAACUGGAGCAAGCAAUCUGUGAUAUAGACGACAUGAUUCGCAACUACUACAUUCAGUGUAUAGAUAAUAUGGACAGAGUCUUUGUCUCUAUAGGAAGUACACCAGAGGGAAUCUCCUUAGCUUCAUCAGAUAGAGACGUUAUGUUCCUUUCAUUAAGAUUGGCGGCAACAGAGCGUAAUGUUCAUGGUACUGAAAGGGGAAUAUUACAGAUUGAGUACACCACUAAGCCGGGUUAUGUCAGACUGCGAGUUCCCUUAGGCACAGCUAGGUCAUAUGGCAUGAUCCCCGGCGCUGUGCACGUGGAAAAACGACGACUGUACUUGAAAAACGACGCAUGGAAAGAUGGAAUUCUGGGUGAUGAAGGAAAUCAUGAAAUAUCGCAAGUUCACGGACCGGCCCUGACCAAUGAAGCCGGUGUGCAGGACACUGUCCACGGCGUUCACUGUGCUCAAUGGCCAAGUUGCGCCAAGGGUUUUCUAAGAAGAAAACGUGCAAUUUCCAAGUGGCCGUCGUCGGAAGUCAUGCGAAGUAUCGUCCAGAAGGGUUGUUGUUUGGUUCCGGUGGGUCAUCCAAUGCAUCACCAAGAAAACCUGCUGUGGAGAGUUUCCUUCAACAUGGCUGAACAGGAGUUACUUCGCGGCUUCAAUGACACCCAGGUGUUUUGCUGCUGUUUGUUGAAGAUGAUACUUCGUACCCAUUUUCCAGAGGAAACUGUGCUAUGUUCUUAUUGGUGCAAGACCGUCAUGCUGUGGCUCGUGCAGAAUACAGAACGUCGUUGUUGGAACAGGAAAAAUUUUGUUCGGAACCUUCACAAAGCUCUGUAUCUGCUACAUCGUUUUAUGGAACACCAUGACUUGCCAAUGUUCUUCCUGCCAGAGAACAACCUCAUUUCUCACAAGGAUAAACAGGCUUGUCUUCGUGUAGCCAAGAGCCUCGGAGACAUGCUGCAUGUUUCAACCUUCGUACGCGCCGUGCUAGACUGCUUAACAUACUCAAAGGUUUCAGGGGUGACCACUGACGGGUUUCCAACAACAAGUAACAGAAAUGAACCGUCUUUUCACGUGGACGAGUCACAAAAUCGCACUGAUGUAAAGUCCUUCCUUGAUUUCAUGCACUGGCGAUGGCAGGAAGAUCACAUUUUGCCAUAUCGCCAUUGGGCUGUGGUAGAAGAAGCUCAAGUCAUUGCUGCCUUCCUGGAGAUUUAUGAAGAGGACGACCCCCGCGCUAUCGAGUACACGCAGUCAAUGAUACGAGAAUCCGAUGAUGACUUCUUAAAGAAAUUCGAUGUUCUGCUACAACAGAAACUUGGACAAAGUCUGUUUUUUGAGCAUCAGAAGACACGAAUGACCAUGCAGAAAACUGAACAGCUCCUUGAGUCAUCUCGCGUAAUAACAUACCCUGUAAGCGGCUACCGAGAUCACAUCUAUGGGACAGUAUACAUUGCUUUCUUGCUCUACACUCGAUCAAGGGACGCCGAGUCUUUAAGCAAACUACAGAGCAUAGAAGAGGAUCUCGUCGAGGCACAGACCGAUGCCUUCAAAAUACUUUUUAUUGCUCUAUCUGAUAUUCAUAAGUGCCUUCUGGAACGCGAUAAAGUUUUACGUAGUUUAAUCGACAGAAUGGCACUGACGAACCGACGAACUCUCACGAACAGCGUGGCGUUUGCAUUUUAUCUUAUGGUGAGGCUUUCUGCUAAGCUUCAGCGAAACACACGCGCUCCAUUAGUACGCCGCUACGUUAGACUGUUCCGAGGAUUUGAGAAAUAUCUGCACAAUCUUCCUCGAGAGCAACUGGACGUCUACCAUUUCCUGCUGGACUAUAUAAAUGUGGAAAUACUGACUAACGGCAAUUUCCAGUAGAAACCAACUGGUUUAUAUGUCGGUCUGUGUCAAACCCUAAAAAGCAUGUACUCUUGCAAUGUGUUUUCUGUUUUCGUUUUACCAACAUCUGUCUAUUCGUCAUCCGCUAUUUACAGCAAUUACUUUAUUCAUUGGAUUUGCCCAAUUUUUGCCAAUUUUUUGUUCAGAAAUGCUUGAGUUUUAUCGAUUUUCUGACUAAGUAUUUGUUAAUAUUGAGCACUAAUAUGAAAUUAUAGAUUGCAUAGAGUCCUAUACACUGUUGAUACGAAAUCCAAAGCUUAAAAUUAAACGAUAUGCUAGAGUAUACUCGAUCUAUACUGAAAAUAUGCAUGUAAUGUUGAAUAUUUAUUUAAAGACGUCGGAUUGUAAAAAUUAAAUAUCCUAUUUUCAUAGGCACCACUUUAAGGUUUGGGGUAUGUUUUUAGAGAUAUCAACUAUGAAAGUAUUUUGAUCACCAUAAGACCAAAGUACCAACCAAGUACAGUUGCUAGUAUAUCAAUUGGAGCAAUUUACCCUGAACACUGAUGAUCUUGUCACAGUGGAGCACCUUAUCCAACUGCUUGAUCGGAUUCGUCAAAGCACCUAAAAAAUAACUUCUAGUAUUGCGCUUUUUGGAUAUACAGUCAGUAUGUCUUUGCAACAAUAAAUUAGCAUAAAUAAUUACACCUAAAAGUUUCGCUUUGGUUUACUUUUCCGAGUUCAACAUUGUUGAUAACACUGGCCAGGCCCGUAUGCAAGGGGGUGGGGGGGCUGUCUGCAGCUGCAACUACGAAUUGGCUUAAUCAAUUUAUCGACAGAAAAACA